AUGGCUGCGCAGACCGCAACCAUCCCCGUUGUCGUGGAUGGCACACCCAAAUCCUUCCAGUCUAGAUGGUCCUCUCGGUAUCGCGGGGCCACCGUCCAGGACCUCGAGCCCCCCGCCGCCCUGUCCCUAAACCCCUCCGAUGCCAUCUCACUUGCCCUCCUGUCGGCCUUCGAACGCGAGUACACCCACCUCACCAUCGUCGACUCCGAAACCCGCGCUCUCCUCGGAUACAUCUCCAUCCCCCACCUCCAGGCACAGCUAGACAGCGGCAAGGUCAAGCCUGAAGAUCCCCUCUCGUCCGCCAUGGCGCACUUCCAGCGCCGAAACAGACGGUACAAGGUCAUCACCAUGGAGACACCCCUCGAGCAGCUGGAGGAGUUCUUCCGUGGCGGCCAGACCGACGGCCCCUGGAAGGAGGAGUUUGCCGUCAUCACCGACGAGAAUAGAAGAUUUGUCCUUGGCGUUGCCACCGCACAGGACUUGGAGGAGUUUGUCAAAAGAAGGCCGGCGUGA